GGAGAAGACUCAGGAACAGGAGUUUUGCUAUUUUUUAUAUAUUUUUUUAUAUAUUUCAGCCUUUAAUUAUUUGCAGAUUUUGCUGAAUAUUUUAUAUUAGUUCUGUGAUGUUGCUAUUUAAAUGGGGCAAUGCAAGUUUUGUAUGACAUUUACUUGCUUUGAACAUUGAGAGGUUUCCCUUUAAUUUUUUUUGAAGGGGGACUUUUUCACUUAAUUUUCAUCUAUUUUUGGAGACUUCAUUCUUGGGAUGCCAUCCAAAGAGCCCUUCAAUUCACAGAAGAAAGAGAAGCCUUUAGUGCAAAAGACCAAACAGGAGGCCAGUCAGGAGGAUAUUCUCUCAGCAGCUUUGGGGAUGAGAAUGGGGCCACAGAAACCUUCUUCAGCCACUUUCUGGCAACCACUUAAACUAUUAGCCUACUCGCAGCUCACCUCGCUGGUUCGGAGAGCCACUCUGAAGGAGAGCGACCGGAUCCCCAAAUCUGAAAAAGUUCACAACUUCAAGGUUCAUACCUUUCGAGGGCCUCAUUGGUGCGAACACUGUACCAGAUUCAUGUGGGGACUGAUGGCUCAGGGGAUCAAAUGUACAGAUUGUGGCAUGAAUGUGCACAAAGAGUGCUCGGCUCAGGUGCCUAACGACUGUAAGCCGGACCUGCGACACGUUCGUAAGGUGUACAGCUGUGACCUCACGACCCUGGUGCAAGCCUACAACACAGCCCGACCCAUGGUGGUGGACAUGUGCAUACGAGAGAUCGAGUCCAGAGGAUUGAAGUCAGAAGGCCUCUACAGAAUAUCUGGAUUCAGUGACUCGGUGGAAGAAGUGAAGAUGGGGUUUGAUAAAGAUGGCGAGAAGACAGACAUCUCAGCGAGAGCCUAUGAAGACAUCAAUAUCAUCACGAGUGCUCUGAAACUGUACCUCAGGGAUCUGCCAGUUCCUGUCAUCCCAUUCGAAGCCUACCCCCAGUUCGUCGAAGCUGCAAAACUCACAGACCCAGACAAGAAGCUGGAAGCUUUCCGCGAGGCUCUCGCUCUGCUCCCCCAAUCCCACAAAGAAACUCUCAAAUACCUCAUGGCCCAUUUAAAAAGGGUGACACAGAACGAGAAAUUCAAUCUGAUGAACGCAGAGAACCUCGGCAUCAUUUUCGGGCCCACCCUCAUGCGUGCACCCGACCAGGACGCCAUGACAGCUCUGAAUGACAUCCGCUACCAGAGACAGGUGGUGGAGGUGCUGAUCAAAAACGAAGAGGGGCUCUUUUAAACUCUGGACUUUUGUACGACAAUUCUCUAACAGCUCUUUUAUGUAAGGACUCGUUGUGUAUAUUUUUGAAUGUCUCUUGCUAACCCAACAUCAGUCACUCUCUCUCUCGGGCGUGGAUGAUGAAUCUUGUACAAACUUAGUGUCUCCCCAUUUUUGUCGGGGGAUUUUCUGAAGUGGAAAUGCAUCGUGCAAACUCUUUGUUGCUUUGUGUAGUUGUAACUUAGCAUGAGUUGAAAUCGAUUAGCCUUGUGGUUUCCUUUCUGUCUCAUCUGUUCUGGGUUUUGUUCACAUUCCUGGCUGCCUGCAGUGCAGUUAUUUCUCUGAAACUUUAUUCGACUGGACGUAUGAAUAAGCUACUAAGUUUUCUUGGGUGAUUUUUAUGAUACUGUAUUUUUUUAUCUGCUCGACCGUUUGUUACGUGAGCCGCAGUUCUUCAGUGAAAUGAGCCUUUUUAAUGUGUCAGCAACACUGAUGUUUUACCAGAUAGCAAUGUUUUUACUGUUUUAAACAGCGUUGUUUGUGAAAUUAAUUUUGUACUGUAAUUUUUUUUGUACACAACUUGUGCAUGAUUACGUUAAUUUAUUAAAACUCUAACUUGAGCGACCCAUUUCGAUCCUAAUAAAAA